CGAAAGCCAGCCAAAGCGGCCAAAGCCGUAAAGCGAAAAGGCGCGCUCCACACUCAGCACCGCUGCUGCCUGGCCGCUCCCCCUCCUCUUAAGAAGAUGCCGUGCCCCGCUCCCCUCCCUUCUUCCCUUACUCGCUUCCUCACCACCGCCGCCGCCGCGCUAGCUGAUCGCCACUUCACCACCGCGCGCGCGCUCUCACAGAGUCACAUCAGCGGAGGCGGCCUCGCCGGGGAUGGCGAGCGCCGGCAGGUCCUCGGGGCCGGUGCGGUCCCAGUCGGGGCGGCAGCGGACGUUCUCGCGGACGCCCUCGCGGGCGCCCUCGCGGGCGCCCACGCGCACCCCCACCAUGCGCUACGACGGGUUAUUCACGGAGGACAUCGACUCCGAGAGCGAGCUCGUCCCCUCCUCGCUCGCGCCAAUCGUCCCCAUCCUCCGCGCCGCCAACGAGAUCGAGGAGGAGAACCCGCGUGUCGCCUACCUAUGCCGGUUUACUGCAUUCGAGAAGGCUCACACAAUGGACCCAAACUCAAGUGGACGUGGAGUUCGGCAAUUCAAAACAUAUCUGUUGCAUAGGCUGGAAAAGGAUGAACAAGAGACACAGCGCAAGCUUGCUUCAACUGAUGCAAAGGAGAUACAAAGGUUCUAUGAGCAGUACUAUAGAAAACAUCUAAUGGAGGUUCAUGAACAGAGAAAACCGGAGGAGAUGGCUAGAUACUGUCAGAUUGCGUCGGUCCUGUAUGAUGUUCUAAAAACCGUGACACCUGACAAGUAUCAUGCUGAGCUUGAUCAGUAUGCUAAAGGGGUUGAAAAAGAGAAAGCUUCCUUUUCACAGUACAACAUUCUACCCCUUAAUAUUUCAGGAUCAAAACAACCAAUAAUGGAAAUUCCUGAGAUCAAAGCAGCUGUGGCGCUUCUUCGAAGAAAAGAAAACCUUCCGAUGCCGAGGAUUGAAGGACCAAAAAGCUCAGACGGAACACCGGUGCCUGGAGAGAUGGACGAACCAGUUGUUAAUGAUUUGCUUGAUUGGCUUUGGCAAACAUUUGGAUUUCAGAAAGGCAAUGUUGAGAAUCAAAAGGAGCAUUUGAUUCUGCUGCUUGCAAACAUUGAUAUGAGAAGAGGGGGCAAUGGCCACCAGAGUGAAAGACAACACGGUCAUGUGAUACAUAGUAAUACAGUGAUAUACUUGAUGCGCAAAAUUUUUGAAAAUUACAACUCUUGGUGUCGAUAUUUGCAUUUGGAGUCAAACAUUAGAAUCCCAAGGGAUGCCUCCACACAACAGCUGGAUCUUCUUUACAUAGGACUGUAUUUGCUGAUAUGGGGUGAAGCUUCCAAUGUCCGCUUUAUGCCAGAAUGCCUUUGUUAUAUCUUCCACCAUAUGGCGAGUGAUUUACAUGACAUAAUAUUGGAUGGAAGAGAAGUGUGUUUUGACCCACCAUUUCGGAGAGAGGGGAGUGAUGAUGCAUUUUUGCAGCUAGUUAUUCAACCGAUCUACAAUGUUAUGUGGAAGGAAGCUACAAGGAGCAAACAUGGUACAGUGAGCCACUCAAAGUGGAGAAACUAUGAUGACUUGAAUGAAUACUUUUGGUCGAAGAAAUGCUUCAAAAAACUUGGAUGGCCAAUGGAUCUAACAGCUGACUUUUUUGUGGAUCCUACCGAAACAAAAAAUGAAACUGAGAAACAUGAUCAUACGAUUAGCAGAGGAAGGAUGUCAAAAACAAAUUUUGUUGAAGUUCGUACAUUUUUGCACCUAUUAAGGAGUUUUGAUCGUAUGUGGGCCUUCUUUAUAUUGUCUUUCCAGGCCAUGGUAAUUAUUGCCUGGAGCUCUUCUGGAUCACUUUCUGCUAUAUUUGAACCGGAUGUUUUCAAAAAUGUAUUGACAAUCUUCAUAACGGCUGCAUUCCUAAACUUCCUUCAAGCAACACUAGAGUUAGUUCUCAAUUGGAAGGCUUGGAGGAGCCUGGAGUGCUCACAAAUGAUACGAUAUAUCAUGAAGUUUGCUGUAUCUGCUGCCUGGUUGAUAAUUCUUCCAACAACAUACUCAAGCUCUAUUCAAAACCCCACAGGCCUUGUGAAAUUCUUCAGCAAUUGGAUUGGAAAUUGGCAGAAUGAAUCAAUUUAUAAUUUUGCUGUUGCUCUUUACAUGUUACCAAACAUAUUCAGUGCCCUAUUUUUCAUAUUUCUGCCAAUUCGACGGGUCUUAGAGCGCUCAAAUGCUCGCAUUGUUAGAUUUCUUUUGUGGUGGACUCAGCCAAAGUUAUAUGUUGCCCGAGGCAUGUAUGAGAACACAUGUUCACUUCUUAAGUACACAUUGUUCUGGAUUCUAUUGCUUAUAUGCAAGCUCACCUUCAGUUUCUAUGUUGAGAUUUCUCCUCUGGUUGGGCCUACCAAGAUAAUCAUGUCAUCGGAAAGGCCGCCUUAUGAGUGGCAUGAGUUCUUCCCAUACAUGCGGCAUAAUUUAGGUGUUGUGAUUACUGUGUGGGCUCCAAUUAUCAUGGUAUACUUCAUGGACACACAAAUUUGGUAUGCCAUUUUCUCCACAAUAUGCGGUGGAGUAAAUGGUGCCUUCAGCCGCUUGGGUGAGAUCCGGACCCUUGGGAUGUUAAGAUCAAGAUUUGAGGCAAUCCCUAGAGCAUUUGGCAAAAUUCUUGUACCUAAUCAUGGUAGUCAAUCAAAAGAACAUGAGGAGGACAAAAAUGCACACAUUGUUAAGUUUGCUGACAUCUGGAAUGCAUUUAUUAAUUCUUUGCGAGAAGAGGACUUAAUAAGCGAUAGCGAGAGAAAUCUAUUAAUUGUUCCAUCAUCUUGCGGUGACACUAGAGUUUUUCAGUGGCCUCCUUUCCUUCUUGCCAGUAAGAUUCCAAUUGCACUUGACAUGGCAAAGAGUGUCAAGAAAAAGGAUGAAGAAUUGAUAAAGAGGAUAAAGCAGGAUCCUUAUACCGAGUAUGCUGUGAUAGAAUGCUACGAGACAUUAUUGGGUAUUCUUUACAGCCUUAUAGUAGAACCAAGUGAUAAGACAGUUGUUGAUCGAAUACGUGAUAGCAUCGAAGAUAGCAUACAACGUCGGUCACUCGUGAAAGAAUUCCGAUUGGAUGAGCUUCCUCAGCUAAGUGCUAAGUUUGAUAAGCUGCUAGAUUUAUUGAAAAAUGACCACGAUGAGGAUGAUUCAGUAAAGACACAGAUUGCCAAUCUGUUACAAGAUAUAAUGGAAAUUAUCACGCAGGAUGUUAUGAAAAAUGGACAAGGUAUCUUGAAGGAUGAGGGCAGUCAAAAACAACUGUUUGCAAAUACAAAUCUGGAUUCAUUAAAGCAUGAUACUUGGAGGGAGAAGUGUGUUAGGCUUCAACUGUUGUUGAAAACAAAGGAAUCUGCUAUAUAUGUACCGACAAACUUGGAAGCUCGGCGUAGGAUCACCUUCUUUGCAAACUCACUUUUCAUGAAAAUGCCAAGGGCUCCACUAGUCCGUAGCAUGAUGUCCUUCAGUGUUUUAACUCCAUACUUCAAAGAGGAGGUGCUCUUUUCACCGGAAGAUCUUCAUAAAAAAAACGAGGAUGGUAUAUCCAUACUGUUCUAUCUACGAAAAAUAUAUCCAGAUGAAUGGAGGAACUUUCUUCAGAGGAUGGGGUACGAUCCGAAGGAUGAAGAUCCGAAGGAUGAAGAAGAACGUAAAAGAUGGAUGAAUGACAUUUGUCCUUGGGCAUCUUUGAGGGGUCAAACUCUCACCAGAACUGUGAGAGGAAUGAUGUACUACAGGAAGGCACUUGAGAUCCAAUGUAUUCAAGAUACGAAUGAUCUUGCUAAAUUGGAUCCCAGAACAAUGACAUCCUAUCAAGAGUCAGACGCUGUUUGUGAAAUGGCACGAGCUAUUGCUGAUAUCAAAUUCACCUAUGUUGUCUCAUGUCAAAUCUAUGGCAUGCAAAAGAUAUCCAAGGAACCGAAAGAAAAAAGUUCCUAUCAGAAUAUCCUUACUCUCAUGAUAAUGAACCCAUCGUUACGUGUUGCUUUCAUUGAUGAGGUAGAAGCUCCUACUGAAAAUGGAACAAAAAAGACAUAUUAUUCUGUUCUUGUCAAAGGUGGUGAAAAGUAUGAUGAGGAAAUUUACCGCAUCAAGCUUCCUGGCAAACCAACGGAUAUUGGAGAAGGAAAACCUGAAAAUCAAAAUCAUGCCAUAAUCUUCACUAGGGGAGAAGCACUCCAGGCCAUUGAUAUGAAUCAGGAUAAUUAUAUCGAAGAGGCAUUUAAAAUGAGAAAUGUGCUGGAGGAGUUUGAGAGUACAGAGUAUGGGAAAAGCAAACCCACUAUAUUAGGCCUACGUGAGCACAUUUUUACUGGAAGUGUUUCGUCGCUUGCUUGGUUUAUGUCUAACCAAGAGACCAGUUUUGUUACUAUUGGGCAAAGAGUUCUGGCCAGUCCUCUCAAGGUUCGGUUCCACUAUGGUCACCCAGAUAUAUUUGAUAGACUCUUCCAUAUCACCAGAGGUGGCAUAAGUAAAGCUUCAAAGACUAUAAAUCUAAGUGAAGAUAUCUUUUCAGGGUUUAAUUCAACAACGAGAGGAGGAAAUGUUACACAUCACGAAUACAUGCAAGUCGGCAAAGGGCGUGAUGUGGGAAUGAAUCAAAUUUCUAGCUUUGAAGCUAAGGUGGCCAAUGGUAACGGUGAACAAACAUUGAGUCGUGACAUCUAUCGGCUUGGACGCAGAUUUGACUUUUACAGAAUGCUAUCUUUCUACUUUACUACAGUUGGAUUUUAUUUCAGUAGCAUGAUUACUGUGCUUACUGUCUAUGUAUUUCUGUAUGGGAGGCUGUAUCUAGUUAUGAGUGGUCUGGAAAAGUCUAUUCUGCAGGAUCCACGUAAUCAGCAGAACCUAAGGUCUCUUGAAAAUGCAAUGGCUUCACAGUCUGUUUUCCAGUUAGGUUUGUUGCUUGUCCUCCCUAUGGUCAUGGAAGUUGGCUUAGAGAAAGGGUUCCGCACAGCCUUAGGAGAGUUUGUAAUCAUGCAGCUUCAAUUGGCCUCUGUGUUCUUCACAUUCCAGCUUGGCACCAAAACUCACUACUAUGGGAGAACAAUACUCCACGGUGGCGCUAAAUACAGACCUACAGGCCGUGGAUUUGUUGUGUACCACGCAAAGUUUGCUGAGAAUUAUCGCGUGUAUUCCCGUAGCCACUUUGUUAAGGGACUGGAACUGUUGAUACUUCUGGUUGUAUAUCUGGCCUAUGGAAGUUCCUACCGCAGCUCGAGCUUGUACCUAUUUGUCACCUAUUCCAUCUGGUUUCUGGUUGCUUCGUGGCUCUUUGCACCAUUUAUCUUCAAUCCAUCGUGCUUUGAGUGGCAGAAGACAGUUGAUGACUGGACAGAUUGGAGGAAGUGGAUGGGUAACAGAGGGGGUAUCGGGAUGUCUGUGGAUCAAAGCUGGGAGGCUUGGUGGAUAAGUGAGCAGGAGCACCUCAGGAAGACUAGCAUUCGUGCCCUUCUAUUGGAAAUCAUCCUUUCACUUCGUUUCUUGAUCUACCAGUAUGGCAUCGUGUACCAUCUGAACAUUGCACGCCGCAGCAAAAGCAUUGUGGUAUAUGCAUUAUCAUGGCUGGUUAUGCUCCUUGUUCUAGUAGUUCUGAAGUUGGUUUCGAUAGGACGGCAGAAAUUUGGGACAGACCUGCAGCUUAUGUUCCGCAUCCUCAAGGGCCUUCUCUUCCUUGGCUUUGUCUCUGUGAUGGCAGUGCUAUUUGUUGUUGGUAACCUCACGAUUUCUGAUGUCUUCGCUAGUAUUCUUGGGUUCUUGCCUACUGGAUGGUGUAUUCUUCUGAUCGGGCAAGCAUGCUCGCCGCUCCUCAAGAGGACCAUGCUGUGGGACUCUAUCAUGGAGCUGGGCAGGGCGUACGAGAACAUCAUGGGCCUCGUCCUCUUCCUGCCCAUCGGCUUCCUGUCGUGGUUUCCCUUCGUCUCCGAGUUCCAGACGCGGCUUCUGUUCAACCAGGCCUUCAGCCGGGGCCUCCAGAUCUCAAGGAUCCUUGCCGGUCAGAAGGAUAUUGGGGAGUUCGAAUGACAGGUUUCCUCCAUCAUGUGGUCUCGCUUGGACAGCAAAGCAAAAUACCAGCUCCAAAGUUCAUUUGCAUGCAUUUGCUUGCCUUGAUCGAUUUUGGGUGUCCGUAGUACUUCACCUUCGUGAUGUUUACUAGAUUCUGGACUUGGAACUACUAGUUGGUAUAUCAUAUAUGUUUCUCGCUUCAUGUAUUUUUGCCUUUGUAGCACAUUGUAAGAAAAUAGGAUUGACACUGCUGGUAAAUGGGUACGCAGACUCCACGUAUACUAAUUUUCUCAUUAAACUAUUGGAUAAAGCUUAA